GAAAAAAUGAAUAAACAAUCAGACUUGUUAGUGUCUGUCGACCUGGGCACCACUUAUACCGGGGUCGCAUGGAUGACCCCAAGGACGCCGAUCCAGGUGGUCAACGAUUGGCCCGGCAGCGGUGACCGAGGAGAGCGCAAGGUGCCCACCAAGCUCGUGUACAAUGACGACGGCACACUCAGUUCUUGGGGCUUUAUAUGCGAAGAUGACGAUGACGGGCCGGGAUCUGGAAAGACGAGGCGUGAGUUUUUCAAGAUCUUCAUUGACCAAGAUACACUAGAGGCAGCGCGACAACAAGGUCUCUCGAGUGCGCCGCAGGACACGGCGGAGGCGCGCAAGUACUUGACCGAUUAUCUGCGUCAGAUAUACGCUCAUGUGGAGGAGACGGUUGAGACGCAGUUGGGGAGGCGCCACACAGGCGGUUGGAGAGACAUGGCUGUGACGUUUCUCUUCAGCGUGCCAACAACCUGGACCAACAUUGCCAUGGUCAACACGUUCAAAGGCGUUGUGCGGGAUGCCGGCUUUGGCACCGGAGGACCCUCGCAUGUAGCGCUCGUGGAUCUGACUGAAGCCGAGGCCGCAUCUGUCGCAACUCUCAAGACAAGUGCCGUUAGUUUCCAAAAGGGACACGUCUUUCUGACCGUCGACGCCGGUGGCGGCACGACGGAUCUGGCUCUGAUGCGCAUCACCUCGACCGACGCCAUCUCUCCCCAGAUGGCACAGGUCUCAGGUGUACGAGGCAUCGGCAUCGGAUCUACGCUCAUCGACCGGGCCUUUAUCCGCCUCGUUGCGCAGAGGCUGGCGGCGAACCCCGACGCGAUCGAGAGGCUCCCUGAUGACUUGGCGACGUCCAUGGCGAGGAGCCACCAUUUUAGGACUGUCAAGCACAAGUUUGGAGAGAAGGUGUAUAUGCAGCAGACAUUUAAGAUACCGAUGGAGGGCGUGGCUUUCGACUUUAAUCACCCCGGCUUACGGGUCGAGAGGGGUCGAAUGCUGUUUACAAAAGAAGAGAUCCAGGCACUUUUUGAUGUUCAGAUCGAAGGCGUCAUGAGCCGGAUAAAGGAGCAGCUCGAGUGGAUGAGGGAAAAGGGCAUGAAAGACCAAGUGGAGUACAUGGUUCUGGCUGGAGGCCUGGGAAGUUCAGCGUACGUGCGUGAUGCAAUACAGCAACAGCUCGUUGGGUACCCGCACCCAAACGCGCGACACGUCAUCGUCGUCCCGUGUCAGGAGCCUCAACUCUGCGUCGUCCGCGGUCUCCUCCUAGACCAGCAGCAAAGGUUUCAGACGGGAAGCCUACCGGUCCUGGCGACACGGGUUGCGCGUUCAAGCUACGGCAUGGUUGUUAUGGAGCCGUAUGACCCAGCCAUUCACUUUGACGAGGAUGUCAAGACGGACAAAUAUGAUCCGAAGAUCAAAUGGGCCAGAAGCCAGAUAGAGUGGCUAAUACGCAAGGGCGAUGUCAUUGAUCCAAACUCGUCUCUCAUUAAAUCAUUCAAGAUCAAGCUGGAUCCUGGAAGCACCACAAGGUCCUGGGACGCCAUAAUCGUCAUCUCCAACAACGAGCCGCAUCUCCUCCCCAGAAGCAUGAAACAUGCGGGCGCAAAGAAGCUAUGCGUAGUCAAAAGCAACCUCACAGGAGUCCAGCAAGACCAGAUGGUGCUGAAUAAGAAUAGACGAUCCUGGUAUCGCAAAGGGGUGCCUUUCUACCACCUGCAAUUCGACGUGCACGUCAUUGUUGCCCCCGCGGAUCUUCGCUUCGAACUCUGGUUCAACGGGUAUAGGUUCUCGGGUAAUCACGAGCCGAUUGCUGUGACCUGGGACUAG